CUCCGAUCACGGUAUAUAACAAGACACCAACCCCACGAUACCAAAACCUCUCGACGAACGGCCGUGAUAAUGGGUGUUCAGCUGCCGUUCUUCCUGCUCGUCCUGGUUGCCGGAGUCUCGACAUCCGCAAUCCAUGAUCCCGAAACCAGGAUCGUCGGUGGCGCGGAGGCAGUGCUCAGCGAAUUUCCGUGGCAAGUUUCCCUGCGACGGCUGUUGGGUCGUCAUUUCUGUGGAGGAGCUUUGAUAUCGACGACCAAGGUACUGACCGCCGCUCACUGCGUCGAUUCCCGAACGGCCGAUGAAGUGAACGUCGUCACGGGGACGAUCAGCCUGGCUCGGGGCGGCCAAUACCACGGAGUUACCCACAUCGUCUACCACGAGAACUAUGUCGAGGGUUCGGAAUACUCCUGGCGAUACGACAUAGCGAUUCUCACGCUGGCCACUGAAGCGACGGUUUCCGAGACCCAGUACCCGGUGAACAUCGGGACGACGCAGAUCGCCGGAAACACCUCGGCUAUUACCAGCGGAUGGGGAAGGACGGUUUAUCCCGGAGUCGCACUUCCGACGAUCCUCCAAAAGUUCAACCUCACCGUUCUAUCCAACGAGGAUUGCCAGGAUUAUCACACUCUGACGAUAUACGACGACCACAUCUGCGCCAUGUCCGAGUACGGUCAAGGCGUCUGCAGUGGUGACAGCGGUGGAGCUCUGGUCGUUGACGGAGCCGUCGUCGGCAUAACUUCCUGGGUGAGACCCUGCGGCAUCGGAUAUCCCGACGUUUACACGAGGGUUUCGUCCUACGCCGACUGGAUCGAGGCGCACAUAAACGACGCGUGAUAGACAGCCGCGUGUGCUUGAAUCUUCGGGAAAGCUCGAGAGAUACCGAAAAUGGUUUAGAUCGUUCCAGACCAAACAUAGCUACUAUAAUAUUUUCAAAAUUGUUAAAAGAAACAGAAGACCAAGCUACUUAAAUUGUACUCAAAGCAAAGAUACGCCGCGAGUGUUAUCAUCGUUUAUCAUCAAUAAUAGUAAAUAUAUCAUGUAUAAGACUA